AUGCAAUCUUACAUUGGUGUUUUGGCGCGCACCAGAGUCCCUCUUGUGGACAAGAAAUGGACUCAAUUGCCCAAGGACCUGAAGGAGCAGAUUUGGGAAGCUAUUGAAAUGGCUUAUGUUGUUGGGCAAGGGGGCAAGAAGAUGGUGCUAUCGUAUGCUGCCAAAAAAUGGAAGGAUUUCAAGUCUACCUUAACAAGGCAGUUCAUCCUUCCGUUCAUAAAUGACAAGGAGAAGUUAAAAGAACCCCAUCAACUAUAUAACUUCAUAGAGAAAUCACAAUGGGAUACCUUUGUAGCUUCAAUGUUAUCCGUAGAAUUUAAGGCUAUGCAUUCUGAGCAAUGA